GGGACCUCCCGGCUGAUGAGCGCCGGAACCGCAGCCAGUCCUGCGGCGAAUGCGGAUCGUUGGAUCAUUGGAUAGCGAGCAGAUAGGUCCUGACGAAGGGUCUCGGCCCGAAACGUCGACUGUACUUCUUCCGAUAGUUGCUGCCUGGCCUGCUGCAUUCCACCAGCAUUUUGUUUAAAAUAACAUAACACGUGCACCGAAAUCUCAAGCACAGCAGCAUGACUGUUCGUUGCCUCUGAAUGGAUAUUUAAGGAGUGAGCAAAUAUUUUCUUUGCAACAACAACACAUCUAUUGUCGACCUUUGGAGAUGAAGUAUCUCAUUCAAACUGGAAUUGAAAUGAAGUUUUCUGUUGUAACUCAGUGUUAUUCACUAGAAGCAGGGUGCUGAGAACACACCAGCAUUUGUGCACUGAAGAUCAAUUCUUCAACUGCAUUGGUUCUACAAGCGAUUCAAAUAUCUGACUUUCACCUGCUAUUUGUGUGGAGUCAUCCAGCCUGAAGAUACAUCAGCAAGUUCACACCAUAGUGAGAUGUUCUGACUGCAGGAAGCAAUUCAUUCUCAUCGAUGCUAAAGGUAUAUCUGAAAAUUCACCAGUGAGAGGACAUUGACCUGCUGUGAGUGUGGGAAGGCAUUUACACACUCAAACAGACACAGUGACACCAGCAAGUUUACAGCGGGGAAUGGUCAUUCACCAGCUCUAAAUGUGUGAAAGGGUUUAACUGAAUGAAUAUUAGCGAGUUCACACUGAGAAGAUGCCAUUCACCUGCUCAGACUGUGGGAAGGAAUUCAUUCACUCGUCCACACUACAGAGACACCAGCGAGUUCACACUGGGGAGAGGCCAUUCACCUGCUCAGACUGUGGGAAGGGAUUCACUCAGUCAUCUCACCUACUGACACACCAGUUAGUUCACACCUGGGACAGACCAUUCACAUGUUCUGAAUGUGGGAAGGGAUUCACUCGGUCAAAUCACCUACUGACUCACCAGUUAGUUCACACGGGGGAGUGGCCAUUCAGAUGCUCUGAAUGUGGGAGGGGAUUCACUCAGUCAUCCACCCUUGUGAAGCACUACAGAAUUCACACUGGUGAGAGGCCGUUCACCUGCUCCAGUUGUGGGAAGGGAUUCACUCAUUCAGCUCAACUGAAAGAACAUCAGUUAGUUCACACUGAAGAGAGGCCAUUCACUUGCUUAGACUGUGGGAAGGGAUUCUCUCGGCCAUCUCAACUCCUGACACACCAGUUAGUUCACACUGGGCAAAGGCCUUUCACAUGCUCUGAAUGUGGGAAGAGAUUCACUCGGUCAUCUCAACUGAAGGAACAUCAGCGACUUCACAGUGGGGAGAGGCCAUUCAUCUGUUCUGAAUGUGGGAAGGGAUUUGCUCGGUCAUUUCAACUGAAGGUACAUCAGCGAGUACACACUGGAGAGAAACCUUUCUGCUGCUCUGAAUGUGGGAAGAGAUUCACUCAGUCAUCCACACUUGUGAAGCACUAUCGAAUUCACACUGGGGAGAAGCCAUUCACCUGCUCAGACUGUGGGAAGGGAUUCACUCAGUCAGUUCAACUAAAGAAACAUCAGUUUGUGCACACUGGAGAGAAACCAUUCACCUGCUCCGUUUGUGGGAAAGGGUUCACACGGUCAUCUGACUUGAAAGUUCACCAGCGAAUUCACACUGGGGAGAAGCCGUACACUUGCUCAGACUGUGGGAAGGAAUUCACACGGUCAUGUGACUUGAAAGUACAUCAACGAGUUCACACUGGGGAGAAACCAUUCACUUGCUCAGAUUGUGGCAAAGAAUUUGCACGAUCAUCAGAUUUGAAAGUGCAUCUGCGACUUCAUACCGGGGAGAAGCUAUUCAGCUGCUCCGAAUGUGGGAAGAGAUUCACUCGCUCUUCUCACCUACUGACACACCAGUUAGUUCACACUGGGGAGAGGCCGUUCACCUGCUCAGUCUGUGGGAAGGAAUUCAUCCGGUCAUCUGACUUGAAGGUGCAUCAGCGAGUUCACACUGGGGAGAAACCGUUCACCUGUUCUGAAUGUGGAAGGGGAUUCACUAGGUCUUCUCAACAGAAGGAACAUCAGCGAAUUCACACUGGGGAGAAACCUUUCAAAUGCUCGGACUGUGGGAAGGAUUUCACUCGGUCAUCUCAACUGAAGGAACAUCAGCGUGUUCACACUGGGGAGAGGCCAUUCAUCUGCUCAGAAUGUGGGAAGGCAUUCACUUGUUCUACUCAACUACUGACGCACAAGUUCAUUCACACUGGGGAGAGGCCAUUCACCUGCCCAGACUGUGGAAAGGCAUUCACUCGGUCAUCCCUGCUGCAGACACACCAGCGAGUUCACACUGGGGAGAAGCCAUUCACCUGCUCAGACUGUGGGAAGGGAUUCACUCAGUCAUCUCACUUACUGACACAUCAGUUAGUUCACACAUGGGACAGGCCAUUCACAUGCUCUGAAUGUGGGAAGGGAUUUACUCGGUCCACUCACCUACUGUCACACCAGAUAGUUCACACUGGGGAAAGGCCAUUCACCUGUUCUGAAUGUGGGAAGGGAUUCACUCAGUCAUCUCAAUUGAAGAAACAUCAACGACGAGUUCACACUGAGAAGAUGCCAUUCACCUGCACAGAAUGUGGGAAGGAAUUCACUCACUUGUCCAAACUACAGAUGCACCAGCGAGUUCACACUGGGGAAAGGCCAUUCACCUGCUCAGAAUGUGGGAAGGGAUUCUCUCAGUCAUCUGCCCUACUGACACACCAGUUAGUUCACACUUGGGACAGACCAUUCACAUGUUCUGAAUGUGGGAAGGGAUUCACUCACUCAUCCACACUGCAGACACACCAGCGAGUUCACACUGGGGAGAGACCAUUCACCUGCUCAGACUGUGGGAAGGGAUUCUCCCAGUCAUCUGCCCUACUGACACACCAGUUAGUUCACACCUGGGACAGACCAUUCACAUGUUCUGAAUGUGGGAAGGGAUUCACUCGGUCAAAUCACCUACUGACUCACCAGUUAGUUCACACGGGGGAGUGGCCAUUCAGAUGCUCUGAAUGUGGGAGGGGAUUCACUCAGUCAUCCACCCUUGUGAAGCACUACAGAAUUCACACUGGUGAGAGGCCGUUCACCUGCUCCAAUUGUGGGAAGGGAUUCACUCAUUCAGCUCAACUGAAAGAACAUCAGUUAGUUCACACUGAAAAGAGGCCAUUCACUUGCUUAGACUGUGGGAAGGGAUUCUCUCGGCCAUCUCAACUCCUGACACACCAGUUAGUUCACACUGGGCAAAGGCCUUUCACAUGCUCUGAAUGUGGGAAGAGAUUCACUCGGUCAUCUCGACUGAAGGAACAUCAGCGACUUCACAGUGGGGAGAGGCCAUUCAUCUGUUCUGAAUGUGGGAAGGGAUUUGCUCGGUCAUUUCAACUGAAGGUACAUCAGCGAGUACACACUGGAGAGAAACCUUUCUGCUGCUCUGAAUGUGGGAAGAGAUUCACUCAGUCAUCCACACUUGUGAAGCACUAUCGAAUUCACACUGGGGAGAAGCCAUUCACCUGCUCAGACUGUGGGAAGGGAUUCACUGAGUCAGUUGAACUAAAGAAACAUCAGUUUGUGCACACUGGAGAGAAACCAUUCACCUGCUCAGUUUGUGGGAAAGGGUACGCACGGUCAUCUGACUUGAAAGUUCACCAGCGAAUUCACACUGGGGAGAAGCCGUACACUUGCUCAGACUGUGGGAAGGAAUUCACACGGUCAUGUGACUUGAAAGCACAUCAACGAGUUCACACAGGGGAGAAACCAUUCACUUGCUCAGAUUGUGGCAAAGAAUUUGCGCGAUCAUGGGACUUGAAAGAGCAUUCGCAACUUCAUACUGGGAAGAAGCUAUUCAGCUGCUCCGAAUGUGGGAAGAGUUUCACUCGCUCUUCUCGCCUACUGACACACCAGUCAGUUCACACUGGGGAGAGGCCGUUCACCUGCUCAGUCUGUGGGAAGGGAUUCAUCCGGUCAUCUGACUUGAAAGUGCAUCAGCGAGUUCACACUGGGGAGAAACCGUUCACCUGUUCUGACUGUGGGAAGAGAUUCACUCAGUCUUCUCACCUACUGUCACACCAGUCUGUUCACACCGGGGAGAAGCCAUUCACCUGUUCUGAAUGUGGGAAGGGAUUCACUCAGUCAUCUGACUUAAAAGUGCAUCAGCGAGUUCACACUGGGGAGAAGCCAUUCACCUGUUCUGAAUGUGGGAAGGGAUUCACUCAGUCAUCUCAAUUGAAGAAACAUCAGCGAGUUCACACUGGGUAGAUGCCAUUCAACUGCUCAGAGUGUGGGAAGGAAUUCUUUCAGUCAUCUCAACUGAUGGAACAUCAGUUAGUUCACAUGAGUGAGAAACUGUUCACUUUCUUCAGACACUUCACCUACCGACACACCAAACUGUUUUAAUCAGUGAGAGGACAUUGACCUGCUCAGAAUGUGGGAAGGCAUUCACACACUUAUCCAGACUACAGAGACAGUGACGGGUUCACAAUGUGGUGAAGGGGGUCACCUGCUCUGAAAGUGGGAUGGGUUUCAAUCAGUCAUUCAUCCUUGUGUCACCCUACCGAGCUUUGACCCAUUGCUAUUCGGAGAGAUCAGAAGCUUGAGAGCACGUUAUUCACUCAGGCUCAACUAUGGAGUCUUAACAGUAGUGACUCAGGACAAUAUUUAUUAAAGCUCUGAGCAGUGUCCAAACAGUGUACAGAAUGUAUUGUCAAGAAGAACUUAAUGUUAGGCAGGAGCAAGUAGAGCAGAGUGGAGUGGACAGAGUUGGAGUGGAGGCUUUGAGGCUUUCCCUCUUUGAGGUUUCAGUGCAGAGAGCCUUUAAUCAGAAAAGGCAAAGAUAUGCUGCAGGUAUAUUUUCUUUUACCCCCUUUUUUACAUUUGCUCAUUUAGAACAGCAGCGAUGCCAGGCAGGAUAGUGGAAGUGUCAUUUUGCGGGAUGUGGUACGGCAGAGGAUCCUCGUGUGUCCCUGAUAACUACACCUGUGAGAAAUCCAUCCAGCUUCAGCUCCGAACAUCCCACAUAACUCCAGAUCAUUCGGGUGGCUGAAAGGGUGAUAGAUUGGACAAACAGAAAGGUAGUUGCACGCAAGGUCGCGGCACAGAAAACAGGGUGACGGUCAGGAAGGGGAAAGGGUUAAGCAGUGAGUGCAGUGUACCUCUGUGGCCAUCCCCCUGAACAACAGGUUCUAUCACUUUGAAUACUGUUGGGGAUGGGGGGUGGGGAUGACCGAGCAAAGGAAACUCACAGCUGAAGGGUCUCUGCCGUUUGGUAUGGCUCUGAGGCUACAUCCACGCUACAUCCACACUACACCAGAUAAAUCUGUAACCAAAGCUUUUUCUCUUCAUUUUUACCCUUCAUACACACUAAAACGGUGUUUUCGUCCACCAAAACCGGAGCUUUUCAGAAACACUGUCCAAGGUGUGUAAUUUUGAAAACGCCGCUUGGGCAGAGCAGUGUGGAUGGGGUAACCGGAGAAAUCUGCAAAUGCCGUCAGACAGCAGCGCACCAUUUCAUUGUUUUCCUGAACGCAACCCCCCCACACAAUGUAACAAUUUCAGAACAGAUGGCAACAAGACUGAAGCCAGAAGACUUAGAGAUGUACUCACCAAAUACUUUGACCGAUAACUUACUGAAUAAAUAAGUAUACUCAGUUGGCCCUGUUUUCUGUCCUUGCUUGUAUGAAGGUGGUUUACAUAUGUAUGCAAGUACUUCUCUGAGAAUAGAUGUGUAACAGCCUAAUGUAACAUUGUAUGGAAAUAGAAGAUAAUACUGAUGCAGACAUGUUUUACACAUUUAACAAGGUGCAUUAUUAAUACAACAGAGUUAGUCAGGUUUUCAAUGUUUGUCAUCAGCUGGUUCGUACUCUCCAUGUACACCCUGUCGGUUGCCUCCGUACGCUCCAGUAUUAUUUUCUUUUUACUUUUAAGUCCCCUGCACAAGAGCCCACAGCUGCCCACUUUUUAAGCUUUUCUAGUCUGUAACUCCACGAAUGCUCACUUUCACGGCGAGAUUCAACACCAAAUAGGUUGCUUGUUUUUGGUAGAUGUGUCCUGCGCAUGCGCAGUAGGAGUUUCACCGAAAUAUCCAUUUCAAUGUGGACAGAGAUAUUUUUAAAAACGCAUAGUGUGGACGCUUAACGUUUUUACGUGAAACAGGUGUUUUCAAAAUUAUCUGGUCUAGUGUGGAUGGAGCCUGAGGCUCAGAUGGGAGUGGAGUGGAGUAACAAUAUUAUGCAAAGGGAGUUCAGAAAAUAAGGUGCUAAAUUAAGAGACAGCUCUUAACUCCUGAGGAAUCUAUCCCUGCCUUGCUAAAAUUAUUUAAUGAAUUUGGAGAUUCUUCAGGAUAUAAAAUUAAUUUUAAUAAAAGUGAACUGUUUCCUUUAAAUGAAUCUGUUUCAAUAUGUGAUAAUACUCUUUUCAAAGUUAUGGAUUCCUUUAGAUAUUUAGGCGUUAUAAUCACUAAAAAAUAUAAGGAUCGUUAUACUGCUAAUUUUGUUCCCUUGGUAGAUUCUAUGAAGUAUUUGUUUAGCAGAUGGAACCCACUUACAUUUUCACUUGCUGGCCACAUCCAUAUAGUCAAAAUGAUGAUUUUACCAAAAUUUUUUUUUCAGAAUAUCCCUGUUUUUUUGACUGAAAUUUUUUGAUCAAAUUGAAUCUAUUAUCUCAUCUUUUAUUUGGAAUGAUAAAAGACCAAGAAUUGGUAAAUGUCACUUACAAGUAUUGGCGCAUGGCACCGGGGUUGAUAACACCUAAUGGGUUUUUUUCUCACCUUUUUCUUGCUUUACUAGGGUUGUUUUUCUUUUCUUUUUUUUCGUGUCAUGAUAUUUUUCAAUCCUUAAUAUUUUUUUUCCUCUUUUGAGAUAUUGUAAGUGUUACUUCAAUGUACUCUUGUAGUUUGGUUAAUAAUAAUAAUAAAAAGAUAUGAAAAGAUCUUUGGAUUAUUUGAGCCCACAUGGAUUGUGUUACAUACCCGUGGGUAUCUUGUGACUGUCACAUGACCAUGAUGUUGAUUGAGGUUUUGCUGGGCAUGAUGUAAUGGUCUUGUGAUGGUGGAGUGAUGUAAUUUUCCCGCCAGUGAGAGAUCAUGUGAUAGCUUUUUUCAACAGGGUAUAAAAGGAGAACCCCUCCCUGUGACACAGGGCAUUUCGUGGUUAAAUUCACCAGUGACUCUGUUCUGCUGCAUAUUUGAUGUCAUGAUGCAGUUUUGUUUUAAAGUGGAAUUGUCUUUAUGCCUUAAGUCUCAAAGGUUAUUGCUGGCAGUUUUGCUACAAUACUGCCAGUUCAGUCCAGUCGGAGAGUGAAGAUUUAUCGAAGUUCAGGAAGCUCGAGCAUCGAGGAAGGUUGUUUUUGGCAUUAAACAGGUUCGACCUUAUUUAAUCUUCGUGCAAGGAAUUAGUAACUUGUGUCCAAGAUAACUUCUGCAUUUCUGAAAGCGGAAAGAGUUGGAAACGGAGUUUCACCAAGGAAAGAUCAGUGCCUUUAAGCCAUUUUAUUUCCUUCAAUCGUAAAUCCCUCGGCAAAGCAUACUUCAACUGGGAUCAGCAGUAACGGCAUGAAAGACAAUUUAAUUAUUUCAAGGGAAAAUCUAACUGUAAAUCAUUUUGAAUUUUUUUUUGCAAUACUACUUUAAAGAACUGAUUUUGCAUUUCUGGCUUUAAGAACUGUGAGCUGCUGUAUCGCAGCCGACUUAUGAUUAAGUUAGUUGUUUAUGUUUGGGUUAUUGAUAGCAGCGUUUAAUAUAUGUUUUAUUUGUUAUGAAAAACCUGUCUCAAUUAUAUAUUCAUCGUUGAUGGAGGGUGAAGUGGGCAGGCAGGUGAGAGAGCUCUCACACACAAAACAUGCAGUGGAGUGUGAGGGAGGUGAGUCAGAAGGGAAAAAUGAAAUGAGGAGGAUGGAGUUUGGGCUCCUUCACAAAGCCCCACGCUCACAAAACCCACCCCCUCUGGAAUUGACCCCAUUCCCUACCUCUGGCUGGGGGUGAACAUUGUUGCCUUGCCAUCAAGAAAAUGAAUUUUUCAUAGCUUCUGGUUAACACAUUGAUAAUAAAUAUACAUUGA